AUGUGGCUGAUAAACAGAAAACGUAACAAAACGAGCAGUUCGCCGGGACCCAGGAGAGGAGUGCUCCGCAGAUGGGUUCUCUCACCACGCCAGGAGAACCGCGCCCCAGCACCAGCGCCAGAGUGUAGAUCAGCGGAUUUCUUACUUCCAGCCCCAGCAAUACCAUUGGCGGUGGACCCUGAGACGCCAAAUCGAGGUCUGAAGAGUGCCCCAAGACCCAAAGAGCAUCGAAGCGAACGGCCUCCGAGACCUCAGAAUGAUCCAGAUAUGGAAUUCGUUCGUGUCCAAGCCAACAUGGCUUUGCUAAAAUUGGAUCUUGAAAACAGCGCUUCCAAAGUCCAUGCUGAGAUGUUGACCAGGGGCACGAUUGGUCGGAAUCCCGAAGGGAAAAUUGCCCCGGAGCAUCUCAACUCUGGAAUUUUUCAUUGGCAGCAUUUCGUUAAAACAUGUGGUAAUACGAACCGCUUAGCUCAGAAGCCUGAGCCCUUCUUUCAGUAUAAAUUAAAAAAUCUAGGCUUAAAAGAGUUGUUUGAAUUGGACUAUGAACUACACUCUUUCGCGAACGAGUUGGAUGUUCUCACACAAUGGUGGGAAACGGACUACCGUGAGUGGGUAAUCCACGACAUGGAGAUCCAAACUUUGGAGCGGGCUCUGCUUUUGCUGAGCGCCAAAAAGAAAAAAUCACAAGCUUACCUGGCUCGUACGGGAUUGCCACUUGCGAGAAGAAAGGCUAAGGAGGCGGGUCUAGUGAAGGCGGUAGACGAAUAUAAGCUACAGGUUGCGCAGCUGCAGGAGGAGAAUCGUUGGUUUGAGGAGAACAGUAAGCUUACGAGUGUAGUGGUGUCACAGUUUAAUAAGUUGCGUGUUGGGGCAGAAGCUGCCAAAAGUCGCAGAAAGCAACGAGAAGUGCUUCCGGUUGAUUUCACAUAUGAUUGGGAUGGGAUCGAUCUACCGAGCGUAGAUCACAUACCCUCAUGGUGGAAAAGUGAAAGCCCUCGUUGGUGGUUAACCCACGCAAUCAAAGAUAUCGAAAUGCGGUGGCAUGAACUAGAUGCAAGCCUCGAGGUGUGCGAAAUUGAGUUUGAGCAAUGUGUAACGCUGCGAAACGAAACGCGUUGCCAUUUAGAACUGCUGCUCGCAAGAAGUAAUAUGGAGAAGGAAAAUAAAGAUCGAGAAUCCAAGCAAGUAAAUGAGCUGGAUAGGGAGGUGUUACUGUUGCAAAAUCUUGUUAGAGCUUGGAAUCAAGAGCUCAAAUUAAGGGAUGGCAAGGGCAUCGAAUUGCGGAAACGUCACAAGCGGACCACAUCGCUCCUCGCAUUUGCGAAAGACAACUCUCACCAUGCUCAACUGAUGGAGAGCGACUGGGCGACGAUGGGAGGGAUUCCAAAAGAUGACGCUUUCCAUUACGUGUAUGUCUACACUAUCAUUAGUCUGCAAGCGUUUCGGUCGGACAUGCUUGAACAACUUCAGGAGGCUCUCGACCGCAAGGACUUUCCCCAUGACGCCAAACUCUGGAUUUUGGGUCGGAUUCGUAGCCACACGGAAGCUUUUACCGAUAGCCAGAAGUGGGUUUGUGAGUUGCCUCAUACGGAUAUUUUGCGCUAUACGGACAUUGUUGAGAACGCAAUCAUACGCCUAGCUGAGGAGUGGGACUCACUGUAUAAGAUAGUUGGUGAUGCAGAAGAAUGUCUCAAAAUUGCGGAAGAAUUCAUAGCUAGCCCUUUCCAACCUCUAACAAUGGCUGGAGAUAUUAACUUCGAUGCUGGUGAGUUGUCGAGUCCGGUGGUGGGAUCAAGUAGAUCAUUGGGGAAUGCCCAACCAGCCCACAAUUACCAAGAUGUCCUCAACGAAAUCGACAAUCGCGGGACCUCGAAAGGAGGUACUUUAGGAGAGUCUAUACAUGGUUUCUUCGUCAGUCCAGACAUUGCAUCCACCUUCCAGAGCAUGUCAGACACCCUUCUUGACGGAUUCAUUCAACUCGUCAACUCCCUAAUAUCCACAGAAUACCACUUUACAUCUCGAGAAAUUGUAGCCUUUCUUAAUCACUGCACAACCCUCCAAGAACUUUUCAAACUGGAUGGCAAGACUGUCAGUGCUCUCGAGGAUGGUUGGGAACUUGUGGAUGAGAUGCCGAUUGCAGGGCCACCGCGCAAUAUCACGCCACUCUCCCCUCUGGCUUACGAGUUUGGACGGUUCUUAGCCAGGAACCAAGAUGCGCUGCUGAAGGGUGUGGGACUCCCUAUCAAUGGGCCUCAUCGUGAUGUCUGGCAGGAUGAUGUUGUUGCAGUCCUUAGACGGCACUGUCCUUAUAGCUUGAGGCAUGAUUCGAGGCAUGGUUUGAGUGACGAUGCGAUUUUAAAUUUGCUGGAUGCGACUAGAGCGCAGGGAAAGUUUUUUAGAUGUUCCACCCCUGGCCAGCCCAUACUUCGGCGCAUCGAUAACGGAUGGCAUAUCGAUCCGGCCUCGGAGUUACCGCAACUGUUUGCUGAGCAGAAUGCAGAAAAGGAGUAUUUUAAACCUCUCCGACAACUGUUCAGGAGCUUCACAUUCAGGCAGGCGUUCAAAGAUGCAGAGUCUAACAAGAUCCCUGUAGAUAAUGUCGGAAGCUUAUACGAGUACUUCGAGGAUUGGUUAUAUAUCCACCAAGGGACUUCGAGGACGUUUGAGCAGGGAUGGGAAAGUAAAGAAGAUUUUGACGGGGUGGAAUACGACGAUGAAAUGAAUUUUGGGGCCUGUUUCGUGGUUGUUGAACCACAGGGGCCUUGGCCGUUCGUCAAAGUUUGGUUAGGUUCUUUUAAGCUUCUAUUUCAUGAAUUAUGUUGUAAUACAUGGGGAGAGUCCGGAUUUGCCGCUACUGCAUUAGGGGAUUUACGACCCGACCCGGCCACAUCCGCGCCCUGCUAUCAGCGAUCACCUAACGACCAGCCAGAAUUACCUCUCUCACCAGCUGUACCCGAAACUAUGACAUCGAAAUCCGUGAGAUCUCUCCACGAGUCCACGGGGAUGCACUUCUCACCAGCUGGCUUGGCCGCUAUACGAGAUGUUUACGUUUGCGCUAUUGCAUAG